AUGGAGAGUAAAUCUGAAGAGAAGAAUCCUGAUAUUGAACUGACUCAGUCGGAUAUUUCCAAGACCCGUCAAGCACCUUUUGGUGAACACAAUGAAUUUAUGGUCAAUAAAGAUACUGACAGUAUUUUAAAAAACACAAAUGAAUCGAAUAAAAAGUGGCGACCUGAAGGUGUAAAUAUAGUUGUAUUGUCUGUGAUAGUCUUAUCGACUGCUAUAACUAUAGCUCUAAUUUUCAGCAUUAUUUUUGGACAGCCUCAGGUCGUACCUCAAGGUGCUGUUGCAGUUGACGAUGACUUCUGUGGUCAAAUAGGCUUAAAUAUAAUGCGAAAAAACAAAGGGAACGCUGUUGAUGCAAUAGUAUCUGUUAUGUUAUGCCUAACUGUAACUCGCCCUGAUGUUGCAAGUUUAGGAGGAUGUGGCGCUGUACUAGUUCGUGAUCGUAAUAAACAAUUAAGUCACUUAUUUGACUUCACUUGUCCUGUUCGUAAUAGUGCUACAGAACGAGAUAAACCAGAUAAAAAUAAACCUGCAAGUUUAGUAGGUAUCCCGUCUCUAGUACGUGGCCUCGCAGUUAUGCAUCAACGAUUUGGUUCAUUAAAAUGGUCGGAUCUUUUCACUGGUGCGAUCGAUUUAACUAAGAACGGUUUCAAGCCUAGUAAAUCUUUAAUCGAAGCCGCGAAUAAAUUAAGGACAUUAAAUUUACCAGACUUUUUAAAACCAAUUUUAAAUCAAUUAAUCGAUGAAAAUACCCCAUAUUCUCCAUCGGUUGACUUACAUAAUACAUUACAACAUUUAGCUAAUCAACGUGAUGAAUACUUCUAUAAUACUAAUGAGAAUACAUUCAAUAAACAAUUUGUUGAUUAUAUGAAACAACAAAAUUCUCAAUGGUCAUUAGAAGAUUUGAAGAACUAUACAGUUAGUCGUCCAAAUGCAAUCAAAAUGGGUUUCGCUGGUUUCACAUUGGAAUCAUUUCCACCUCCAUUAGUUGGUGGUUCGUAUAUUUUACUCUUACUGAGCAAUUUAGAUCUUAAAGAUACACUCACUCCACUUGAUCACCAAGCAUUACUCAAACAAGAUCCAAUUGUGACUGCUGUCUACUUGCAUCGUCUUAUGGAACUGGCUCGUUUAGCUGAAGCAUCAGUUACUACACUUGGAGAUCUGAGUGAUCCUACAAUAAGUGUAGCAGCUGCAUCUGCUCUAGACAGUAUUUUCUCAAAGUCUGUACGUGAAGCCACUGUAGCUAGUAUUCUAGAUGAUCGUGUGGUAAAGGAACAUUCACAACUAGACGUCCUUCAAACAACUUCUGAAGGUGCCAGUAUCGGUAGCACAGGUAUUGUAACAACUGAUUCAACUAGUUUUACUGUUGUUGGUAAUAUAUUCAUGGGUUCACCAUUUGGUAAUGGACAAAUUGUACCUGGUACAGGUGUACACUUAAAUUCAGUGUUACAAUUAUUCUCAGAAAUAAAAUUGAAUAAAUUUGCUCCUGGACGUCGUCCUCUUAUUCCACUUGGACCAGUUUAUUUAUCAGCUACACAUAGAAAAUGUGGUAUACGUGCAGGUAUUGUUUCGUUUGAUGGAUUAUGGGGUCUUACAGAUGCAGCACAAGUAAUAAGUAAUGCCGCAUUAUUUCUACGUGGUUCACAAUGUCAUACACCUAUUACACUACGACAAUUUACUUCUAUUUCUACAAUGAAUAAUGUUAAAGAACAAACUUCUAUGAUGUCAAUUAUUGGUAGUCAUAGUAGAUUUACUCCAGCCAUUGAAAAAAAUUGUAUUAAUUCAACUUAUUCUAUUCAAUUAACCCGAAUACAUCCUAAUUAUAAUACUACUAUACCAGGUAGUAUUACUAUGGAAUAUAUAUUAAAUCAUUCAUUAGAUUUUAUCAAUAAAUUAAAACAAUUAAAUUAUAAUAUACAAUUAUUAUUAUUACCGAAUCAAUGGCCUAGUCGUGUUUUCUUAACUGGUUGGAAUGGUUAUGAUAUGAUUACUUCAGGGGAUUAUCGUUCAUUAAAUAGUAGAACAUUAUAUACAUUUUAAAAGAAAAAAGAAGAGAAAAAGAAGAAAGAGAGAAAACUAUUCUCUUCAUAGUUUUCUUUUCUUUUUUUGGCAUUUCAUUGUUUCUAUGGGAUUUUCUUCUUUUUUUCUUCAUAUUAAUAAAUAUAAAUUUGAAAUGGGGCUGUGACUAAUUCAAUUAAUUUUAUUUCUUUAGUAUCCUUUUCUA